UAGUUUAAUAUCAGACAAAAUGAAAGUGUUUCUUUCUUUUGUAAUUCUUGUGAUAUUUUCAUCACAAAUUUCGGCGUUUAUACCAUUUGACUAUGUGGACAUGGAUGCAAACCUAGAGAGAGGAGACAAUGGUAAACCACAAAAAAGCACAGAUUUUCUUGGUGAAAUAGAAAAGAGUUUAGCAAACGCUAAACAGAAUUUCUUCACAAUUUUAGAUAACUUUUCACAGAACCUAUUGGAUUUAUUUUCGUUUAAUACAAAUCAAAAACCUUCGAAGACAAUGACAACACCAAAACCAAUUGAAGAAAGUACCUUAACAGUCUUGCCUACAUUGUCUUCAACAACCAUGCAAUCGCCAGUCCCAUCACCACCAUCAUUUUCGACCACAGACUCCCCAAUAACAACAUCCACCGUUGAAACUACCACAAAGAUUUAAGGACUAUAGUAACUUGAUUUUAUAAAUUUGAAUGCUUCGGUAAUAAAAAUUAAACAUU